AUGGAUGUUAUCGAACCGGACGAUCGUCCGACGGAAACGGGAACAAGCGCAAAGCUCACCAAUGGAAACACAACGUCGGCGGAGGAAAAUACUAUGGCGGCGGUAGCAAGUGGUGCCGGAAGGCGCAAAAAGGCCAAAAGGAAAAAUAAAGCUAAAAAUAGUCUGUCCGAGCCGGAGAUGACGGGCGAAACGAGUAUGACAAUCCCCGGCUCCACAGACGCAGCGAUGACGAAACCGUUGAAGGCUGUGCUAGCGAAGGAGAUGCAACAGAAUACAACAGUGAGUGUACAUAGUAAUUGUAAUAGGAAUAGCAGUAACCAUAGCAGUAGUCAUAGUAACGGACUGCCGGAGGAACCAGUAACGUCCGUCGAUGCGAUCAGCAAGAAGCUGGAGCAGUGUGUUCAAAUCGGUCGUAAUGGACUGACGCAUAAUGGUUUGCCAAAGCGCGGUGCUGACGGGUUGCCGGGUGCUGGCAGCGCACUUAGUGAAGAAACAAGUCGCGCAGGAACUUCAACGGAUAAGAGUACGGCCGGUAGGAAAAAGCACCGCAGUAGGCAAACGAAAAAAGCACCCACAAACACAACCUGUACAGAGAGCGGAAACGAGGAAAGUGAAGACGGAGGUAAAUCUCAGCCAACAUCAUCAGCCUUCCAGGGCUCGAUAGCUAGCGAACAGGGCGAACCGGCCGUUGGUAAUGUGCUGAAGAGCGUAACGGAACCAACGGGCGAUUGUGUCCCAUCGACAUCGAAAACAUCAUUGUCAACGGGUGGCGAAAGCAAACCGGCACUCACCCCGAUGGAAAUCGCGUACCAAGUUUACGAAUCGGAACGGCAAAUGCCUUCCAUUAUGGCACUGAUACAGAAGGAUCUGUCGGAACCGUACUCGAUCUACACUUAUCGCUACUUCAUACACAACUGGCCAAAGCUGUGCUUCCUCGCACUGCACCGGGACACAUGUGUCGGUGCGAUCGUCUGCAAGCUAGACAUACACCAUCAAGAAACGCGUCGCGGAUACAUUGCAAUGCUGGCAGUGGACAAGGACUACCGAAAGCUAAAAAUCGGUACCACACUCGUGCAGCGAGCAAUACAGGCCAUGCUGGAAGAUAACGCCGACGAGGUGGUGCUGGAGACGGAAAUCACGAACCAACCGGCAUUGCGAUUGUACGAAAAUUUAGGCUUCGUGCGAGACAAACGGCUCUUUCACUACUAUUUAAACGGUGUCGAUGCGUUACGGCUUAAGCUGUGGUUCAGAUGA